AUGGACGAAGAUGAAUAAAUAGACUAAACGAUGGUCACUUUUGGGUCGAUAAUCGCCAUCUCUGAUUUUGUUGAUCAAACAGCAUUCUUAUUUUCAGAUGGGUUUUUGAAACCAGAAGUAUUUUUAAAAAACUUUGUUCAUAAAGAAUAAAAAAAAAGAAAAACAUUUGAUGGCCUAGAUAAUGAUUCCUUUUACAAAUGCCUAUUUUAGGUUUUGCCCAGGGUUUCCGAUACAGUGAAGACUAGAGUUUUGUAAGAUUAUAAUGUAACUGAUAUUAAGAAGGGAGACAAAGAUGGGAAGGAUGAUAAGAUCAAAAUGACUACAUAAAGGAUGAAUGAAGAACUUAGUCAAUUAAUGAAUGAGUAUAAGCAAAAUAUUGAUGCGAUUGAUAAAUCGAGGUGCUAAAAAUUAACAUACCAUCAACCAUUCCAAUUAUUACAUAUCGCAAGCGGUAGAUUUUUAGCAUGUCAUGAUAAUGAAGCAUAAUUAGAGAAUUAAAAUUACUUGGUUAAAUUGGAUGAUUUUUCAAGUGAUUACACUGUGUUUAAAAUAGUGCCUGCUUACAUGUAUUAGAGUCAUGGAGAAUAGGAUGUGAAUGCUGGUGAAAUGUGUGCCAUAACCAGAGCAAUGCCUAUCUCUAAUCGAUUUGCAUAUAUCAAUUGUUCUUAAUUGGAAAUUUCUGAAAUCAAAGGAUAUGCUUCUUCAAGAUCUGAACACAUCCAGAAGAAAGAAAUAAAUGCUAGUGUUGAACAGUCUCAUUCUUGGAAAAUAGUUUUGUUUUAAUAAUACAUCUCUGAAAGUUCAAGAAAUUUAAGAGUGGGGGAUUGCAUAUGGUUGUAUCAUAGUGAAGCGGAAGCUACACUCUCUGUGAAGAAAUAUCAAGAGGCAGUAGACAAGGCCAAUUUCACAUUUUAUCACCUUUCUGAAUGGUUGUCCAUAAAAAAUUUAUAUGUGGCGAUUACUAAGUCUCAAACUGAAAGUGCCUAAGGAUAUCAGGGCAGUACUAAUGGAUUAUGGUAAAUCGAAGGGGAAGAGUUUCUUUAAGGAGGAUUUGUCAAGUAUGAGGCUGGAUAUAGACUUAAGAAUGUUACUACUGGAUAUUAUUUAAGUGUUGUAGAAAUCCCAGGGGAUAAGAAUAAUAAAUAAAAUAAAAAAUAACUACAAUAUAAAUAUCGUUUAACUUAGGAGUUGGAUAAGUCGACAAUAUUUACUUUUGUUGAUCUCAAAACUCAACCAAAUUAAAAAUAUUUAAAGGGAGGAAGUUAUACAUAUCUAUAAAAUAGAUAGAGUUAAAAUUGGAUGGAUUUUUAGAAUGAUAAGUAAAAUCAUGAAUAUAUUCCAAUUUUGAAAGCACCAAAUGAAAAGACUGAACAUGCAGUAUUUAAAAUACAUAUGGCUACUAGGAAUGAAGUUUGGGAAAUCUAAUUUUUGCAAUCUUGUUUUCGUAGAUUGGCCAAAUUUGUUAUUUAAAUUCAAGAUCCAAAAUAUCCUGGAAUUGAUAAUUUCUCUUCUAAAAGAAAAUGGUUUGGAGUAUUUUAAUAAUUAAAAAGUUGCAUUGCAGAAUUAGAGAAUUUUGUUAAUAAUAAGUCUUAUACCACAUCUGCAGAAUAGUUAUUUGGAUCUAUCAAUUAAUAUAGAUAGAAAUUAAUGAGGGAAUAGUUUUACAUAGAUAUACUGAUUAAAAUUUUAGAAAGAAUUAUUACUAAAGGAGAAUUGGAAUUUUAUUAGAAAUUAGAAAUUGAGUUAGAAAAAGGUGAUAAACAAUCCAAAAACAUAUUUGAAAUUGAAAGCAACAUUAUUUUUGAAGACAAAGCCUUGAUGUUGCAUGAAUAAAAGACUGAAAACACAUUAAAGACCUAAUAUUAUAAUUAUGUUAAAUCUAAAGUAGAAUUAGUUGAUUAGAUCUAUUAAUUCUUAGGAUCUGUAUGUAAAUUAAACAGAGAAAACUAAAUAUAUACUUAUGACUUAAUACCAUAUUUUUAAUUGCACACUAAAUAUUUACCAAAAGCUAUCGAAGCUAUCAUCAAUAUUGUAUCAAGCAAUAAAUAUUUAUUAUAUAAAUUAAGUGAAGAUAUUAAGAUUGAAUUUUAUGAGGACGACGAAAUAGAUAAUUAACAAAUAAAGAUUUUAAUUAAUUUGUACUAAUUUGAUGAUAAGGAAGAAUAAAUUGAGAUAAAAUAACAUGAAAAAAUAAUGAAGAAACCUGUCCCUUUAAUUGAAUACUUUAUUAAUUUGUUAUGGGAUGACGAAGCCAAAAACAACUCAUAUUAUUUAAAAUUUUUAAGAAAUGUUUGCAGUCAUUCAGAAUUUCCAAUUUAAAUUAACUAAGAAAACAUCUUUAAGUUGUAUAAGAAGAACAAUACAAAGUAACCAAAAUUGGGAGUCGAAACUAAAGCUGAAGAAAGCAAAAGUAAUGAUGGAACUGUAAGACUAACAUCCAAAGCAGGUUAACUAAUCAUACCUUAGGAUUGCGAUUUAAGAGACAUUAAUAAAAGUUCAAGGGACAAAUUUAUGUAUAUUAUUGAGUAACUCACCUUUUUUUCAGAGGUUGCUUUAGGAAGAAAUUAUUCAUGGAAAAAUGAACUUGGUGCUUAAUUUGAAAAAUCAUUUUUGUUUAGGAAUAUAUGGUUUAAACAUCCUAUUGAUCCUAAAUAUAUAGAUUUAUAGCCUGGAUUUGCCAGAUUAGCAUUGACUUUGUAUAUUGAUUAAGAACCUCUGAGGAUAAAGAAAGCACCAAUUAUGUGUUAAUUAUUUAGUGAGUGUGAAAAGCCUAGGGAUUAUAUUCUAUUCAAAAGUUCAACUAAAGCUGGAUCUUCGAAUAUUUAAGAAUUGAAUACCUACAAAGAUUUGGUGAAUAAUCUGAUGAAUUAUGUGAAUGAGAAGGGAAGUGAAAUUUAUGAAGUAAUGUGUCCUCCAGCGAAUAAUCAAGGGGGCGAAGAUAGAGAUUCGAAAAAGUUCUAAAACUAGGUUGGGCCAGAUUUCUUAUAAGAAGAAUUAAUCUUAAACACUAUGAGAAUUUUGGAUAAGAUUAUGAAAUUGAAUCUUAUCUGGGUUUUGGAUUAUUCUUUAGGUGAAACAUUAUAACCCAAUUUAAGACCCUAAAAUUUCAUUCAAUCUAUGGUUAAGUCUUGUUUAGAUAUUUUCACUUAUGAGAAAUACGAACUGAAUUUAAUUCAAGCUCAUUGUUAAACAGAAAGACAAAAAGUCUAAAAGAAAUUAUAAGAUAAGCAAAGUCAGCAUAAACUUACAGCUCCAAAUUUUAUGAACCUUUUGAAGAAAUAAAAUAAGGAAGAAGAAGAUAAUGAGGAACAGAGAGGAGAAAGUCAAACAACAAAUGAUUAAAACAUAUACUUAAAUCCAGUUAUGAGAGGGUAUUUAAAAUUAUCAUCAAUCAUGUAAACAAUCAAUUUCUUGGAUCCAAAAUAUGUAGAAAAUGAAGUUUAAUUGAAGAUCAAAAUAUGUGAUUUUAUGGAAUAUUUAUUAGACUUAAGAUAAGAUUUUAUGAUGUAAAAUUGCAUAGUGUUCUUUAAAACCUAUCUAUUGUAAGGAGAUCACAUAGAGAAUAAUCCUAUUGCUUAUAGUUAAUAUUUACAAAAGGAAAAUAAAAAGAAACCUCGUAGUCAUAGAAUAUAGUAUGAAGAUUUAAAUUAAAGACAAAAGAACCUCUUGAUUAUUUAGAGAUUGUUAAAACAUCAUGCAUUGGGAUUAUUGCCUAAUUUAGCCUCGACUGGGAUUAAAGAAAUAGAUGAACCAUUAAAAGAAGAAAAUAGUUUAACUUCCUUUACAAAAAACUUAAUGAAAAUGAAUCAGUAGGAAGAAAAAGCAAAAGCAAGGUUUUACAAUUAUAUCAACAAUCCUCAAAUCCCAGAAAUCUUAGAUCUGGACCAAUAUUUGAGUUUGGCCUUAGGGGAUAUCAAUGCAAAUGAUUAGCCUGUAGCUAGUUUAUUGCCAACAUUUUUACAUACGUUCUAUCAUGUGAAGGAUAAAGAAUUAGAAAAGAGAUGUCUUUAAUUGCUCCUAAGAUUAUUUACUUAAAAAGAGGAAUUCAAACGAAAUCUGUAAAACAUGUAGGUUAUCUUUGAUGCUGAAAAGACUAUACUGCACAAAUACAUUACAACAAAUUUAGAAAAGUUUUAAACUUUAAAUGAGCGUCUUGAUACAUGGAUAUCCAACUAUAUUUUUGAGGAUAGAGUCAGUAGUGACUUUGAAUAGGCAUAAAAAUAUUUAAAUAGUUUUUAUCAUGGAUUGAAAAGUGAUAUUAAAUUAGAAGAGAAUGAAUUGAUAUCAUGUUUAGAUGUUAUUGAUCCUAAGAAGCAAUAACUGUAUGCAAAUUUGGGAGCUCAUAUAGCAGUAGUUAAUUUAUUGCCCAAUGGAUUAAGAUACAUUCAUGAAUAUAUAAUGGAUAGAGAUUUAGAAGAGGAGAAAAAGAUUUAUAUGAUUGAGUUUUUUAGACUGGCUAUUGAUGUUCUCAAAAAUUUCUGUUUCAACAACAAUGAAAAUUAAAUUAUACUCUAUGAGUAUUUAAACUUUUAUCGAUACAUGUAAUAUGAUCUAGGCUAACUAGAAUUGGUUGAAUCUAUAUUUUAAAAUAAUAAGACUUUGCUUGUUCAAAAAGUUGAUUAAUAAUUAAUUGACAUGAUUUUAUAACUCAUUCUAAAAGAGGGUAGACAAAGGAGGUUUUUAAAAGUAUUUGAGUCAUUAAUGAUUUAUUAAUAAAAUUACAUUUUUGACAAUUAAAUUUUAAUACAAAAUAGUCUGUUGCCAGUAGAAUUUGGGGAAAAGGAUAUAAAGAUAUUGUAUUGUGAUGGUUCAAGGAAUAGUGAUUUGAAAUUAUUUUUGGAUGAUCCAAUUUAAGAGCCUGAUUUAAAAUUUGUUGAUAAACUUAGAGAGAUAGACUAUAGAGAUACAUUUAGAGAUGAACCCUUCUAUUAUCAUGCAUAAUUAUUAGACAUUCUCAUUUAGACAACUUUGAAUAAUGUAGAAAAGAGAAAAUUUAAUGCCAACACAAAAGAAGAAGAUGUGAAAAAGAAUUUCAACAUCAGUGUAAGUAAGCUAAAAAGAUUGUUUACAGCAGCCUAUCUCCUUGAAAUACUAUGUACCAAUGACGCAUUUGUUAAGAUGCCUAUUACAACUAAAUCUCAAAUUCAAUAUAUUGAUAGCAAUGACAAAAUUAAAGGGGUUUCCUUAAUAAAAUUAUAAGUAAUAGAGUUUUUGAGAUUGGUUCACAUCUCUUCUGAAAGAGGAUAGGUAUAACAUUCUUAACUGUUCCAUUGCCGAUAAUAAAUAAUUGAUUUUAUUACCUUUGAAAUCAAUAGACUUGAUAAAAUAACUGACUUGCAAUUAUUCACUCAAGAUCUAAAAAAUUAUCACAUUUAAGGGAUUUUCCCAUUUAUUCUGGCAUAUCAUGAUAGAUUCUUAAAAACCAUAGAGAAAUAAGAUUUAAGAAAAGAUCUAUAAGCAAUUGAAAAAUUCUUAUAAGAAUGGUUAAAAAAAGUAAAAACUUUAACUUCUGAAUCAAACAUACUUCAUCCUAUAAUUACUACAAGUGAAGACGCAAAGAUAUUAGUAAGAUGUUUAUAAACAUUUUGCAAAGUGUUUUAUGAGAAGACAGUGAGUUAAAAAGAAGAUCCGAUUUGGAAUUAAGUAAAGAUUAAAUUAGACUCACUUUAAGAAACAGAUUAGGAUUAAAUUUAAUUUGAUUAGGAUAAUAAUAUUCCUAAUUCAAAGCCAGCCAUUGAAAUAAUUGGAGGAUACCAUUCAAAGAAGAGCAGUUUGACAUCAAAAUAAUUUAGUAAUCCUGAUGAAUAGAAUGAUAAAAAAUCAAGUAAGAAAUACUUGCCUGAUAAAAAGAAAAUACAUGUAUUCUCUGAUAAAGACGAAGGAGAGGAACUGUUAGAAGGGUAUGAUUCAACUAAAUCAAUCAAAGUUGAGAAGCUUUGGAAGUUAUUUUUGAAAGAAUUACUAAAUAAGGAUUAGUUUAUUAAGGAAGCUGAAAAAGAAAGAGAAACUAUUGCCAAUGCCAUUUUAAACAUAUCUAGUUUAUUAAAACCAGAAUUUAGCAAGAAUUUAACAAAUAAACCUGAUGUUAAAAGUAUUUCUAGGAAACUUAUAUCUUAUCUUUAAUCAGCCUUCUCGGAUCCUAAUUGCAAGGGGUCUAUCUAAACAUUAUUACAUAUUCUAAAAAAAAUAAUUGACACUGAUCCAGCAAGAAAAGUGGAGAUGCAAAAUCUAUUUGAUAAAUUAGGAGCAACAUAAAUGGUGUUGCUAGUCUUGAGUGAAAAUAACCAAGACAAGAAAUUAAUGAUGUCUUUUAUUUAAUUUAUUAACACUUUGUUAGAUGGAGGAAAUGAUCAAGUCUAAGGAACUAUAUACAGCUUUAUGAUAAAUUUCAGUCAAUCUGAAAAUAUCUUCUAGAAAAUCUAUUUUAUAAUUCGAAAGCAAAUUGAAAAUUUAGAAAUCCUAUCUAAAUCUAAGGGAGGAUCUGAAGAUGAAUCUGCAGGAUUACUUUAGAUAGAUUAUCACGAAUUUGAAGAAGAUUUAAGUUUAGUUUUGGAAGUCUUAACAUUCUUGCAAAAUGCUGUUGAAGGACAUUAUAGAAAACUAUAAAAUUACUUUAGAGAACAGACUAACUCCAAAAAUAAUUAUGAUUUAACUAAUGCAAUAACUGAUCUAUUUAAGACUUAUUAUUAUGAUGGUCGUAUUUAAAAAAACUAUGACAAUAUGUUGAAAUGUUUAGAUACUUUAAAUGAACUGGUUUAAGGGCCUUGUUCAGACAAUUAAAAAGCAAUUUCCGAAUCGAAAUUUUUGGAUAUAGCUGCUGAUUUGUUUUCUCAAUAGUAUAUACUAUCACCUCCAGCGGAGAUUGAAUAAAUUGGUAAACGAAAAUCUCUUUUGGAUUAACCAUUAUAAAGAUGGUAGAUUUGUAGAUUAAUGAACAAAAUCUUGAAUUUGAUCAUGAGUUUAUUGGAAGGAAGCGAAAUAAGCCAAAAUAAUCCUAUCUUAAAAAGAAUCAUGAGAAAUCUACCAAUAAAUUUAUUAGAAAAGCAUUGUGUCAACGAAUAUAAUAAAUAUGUCAAAAUAUACGGAGAUAAAUACGAAAUCGAAUCUCUAGAGCAUCUUUCAGUUGAUCCAUAUAAACUUAGGAAAAUGAAAGAAAGCAAAUUUGAUAGAAUAAAACAAAUCUCUUAAUAGUAGCCUUACUUUGAAACCAUCUUACAAAAUGGAUUUCUUCUAUUCUUCUUAAUGAGUUAUUAUAUGGAAUGCGAUCCCUACAUUGUAAGUCCAAUAAUUAAAAUUACAAGGACCAAUGAAGUUUGGCAAAUAUUCAAAGAUUCGUUUAUUUAUAUGUUAAUUUAAUUUACAAUUGCCUUAAUCAGCAAUUUAUUUGGAACUUUGAAUUCAAUGAAGAAUUUGGCUACUGAUUAAUUUAAAAAUAAUUAAGUUUAACCAGAUAUGUCAGAGGAGGAGAAAUAAAGAAUCAAAGAAGAGCAAUAUAGACAAGAUUUGCAAAUGGCCAUCAACUUUUAUCAAGAGAAUAGUGCCCAUAUCGAUGUUAUGCAUGAUGAGAAUCUAGAAGUAGUUUAUUUUAUUAAAUUACCAUCUACCAAAUAUCUACCUAAAGAAUAGAAAAUCCUAUUUCAUGAUCAGGUGGAUAGAAGUACUACCUAAUCAAAGGUUUAAGGGUUAAUGAACGUAGCACCUACUUUGAUUGAAGUUUGCAAACAUGAAGAAUAUUUGAAGAGACUAUUUGAUAGAUAAAAAUACUUAGCUUUGUUGACUGAUUAUGUUAAACUGUGGAGAGAACUGGCAUUUUUCCUGACUUUAUUUUUAAACUUAUUUAUACUUUUCAGCUUUGAUGGAACAGUAGGUGACAGAGUUCAAGAUUACAUCUUUUUUAGUUAAUAUGAAAGCUUUAAUCCCAUGAUUACGAAGACUAUUAUUUAUAUUAUUGGUAUUGUUAUGACUUGCUUAUCCUUAUUUGUUGUAUCAUUUUACUUACUGAAGAAUGCGCCUUUAAUUCUGAAGAGAGCUUGGUUAUAAAAAGGGUUAUUCGAUGAUCAAGAUCCAAAUCCUCUGUUUAUUUUAAUAGACAUGUUUUACAAAUUUAUUCAAACCAUUUUAAGCUUUUUAUAAGAAGUAGAGGUGAUGUAUUACAUAGCAUACGGUUUAUUUGCAAUUUUAGGAACUUUUUAUCAUCCCUUGUUUUUCAUAUUUCAUUUAACUGAAAUUCUAUUUAGAUAUCCAACACUGAAAAAUAUCAUCUUAUCAGUUUAUCGUCCCAGAACUUAAUUAAUUUUAACAUUCUUCUUACUGUUUUUGUUGGUUUAUGUGUUUACUAUUUUUGCUUAUUGGAGAUUAUCAAAUGAUUUUGCAGGAUAUUGCGAUACUCUACUAUACUGUUUUAUGAUGAACGUUGAAUGGACCUUUAGAGGUUCAAUAGGAGAUUAUGUCUAAUAAGAACUUGGAAAGAACAAUGUUGCCAGAGAAUUAGGCGUUGACAGAUUCUUCUUUGAUGAAGUUAGCAAUAUUACUUUGGGUGUUAUAAUGCUUAAUAUUGUGGCUGGUAUUAUUAUUGACACAUUCGGAAGUUUGAGAGAGGAGGAAGAGAAUAAAUUGAAAGAUAUGGUUGACAAUUGCUUCAUAUGUGGAAAUCUAAAAGCUGAUUUUGAUCGAUUACAAUCAAAAAGCAAUGGGGGAUUUAGAGAACACAUAAAAAUAAAUCAUUACAUGUGGAAUUAUGUUUACUUCUUCGCUUAUUUGAAAUGGAAAGAGAAGACAGAAUAUUCAGGAAUCGAGAGUUAUGUUGAUUAGAAAUUGAAAGAGGAAGACCUUUGUUGGGUUCCAUUUAAUUAAGCUAGAGAAUUGGUAGAUUUAGACGGCAAUAAAGGAAUUCGAGAGAAGGAACUUAUUUAAAAAAUAGAAGAGAAAAUUGUUUUUGUUUAAGAGUAAAUAAUUGAUAUGGGAAAAUUGAUGAAAGUUGAAUUUAAAAAGAAUAAUUGA